AUAAAUAAGGAUAUAAUAAUUAGAAGCACAUAUCCAAUAAUAAGAGAUAACACACACAUCAAAGAUUAAGGCCUAUUAAGAAAUGGAAACAACAACAACAUUAGUUAAAGAUAUUGUGAUUGUGGGUGCUGGUGUUUCUGGCCUUACAACUGCCUUAGGACUUCAAAGAUUGGGUAUCCCAAGUUUGGUGUUAGAAUCUUCAGAUAAAUUGAGAGCCACUGGUUUUGCUCUAUUAACAUGGAAGAAUGCAUGGAAGGCUUUGGAAGCUGUUGGUGUUGCACACAUCCUUCGCCCCAAACAUGUUCACCUUCAUGGGAAUGUGACUACUUCAUUGAUCACAGGGCAACAAACAUCAACUGUUUCGUUCAAGGGAAAGGAUGGAGCCUCUGAAACCAGAUGCAUUAAAAGGGAAUUAUUGUUGGAAGCACUUGCCAAUGAGCUUCCAAGUGGAACCAUUAGGUACUUGUCAAAGGUUGUUGCUAUUGAGGAAUCUGGUUUCUCUAAGAUUCUCCAUCUUGCUGAUGGAACAUCCAUCAAAACCAAGGUAUUGAUUGGUUGUGAUGGAGUGAACUCGGUGGUGGCAAGGUGGUUAGGCUUCAAGGCGGCGGCUUUCGUGGGGAGAUCGGCGAUCAGGGGAUGUACAGAGUUGAAGAACAAUCAUGGGUUUGAGCACAAGUUCAUGCAAUUCUUUGGAGAUGAUUUUAGAGCUGGUGCUAUUCCUAUUGAUGACAAGACCCUUUAUUGGUUCUUCACUUGGACACCAUCCCCCCAAGGUGAUAAUCUCUUUUGCAACCCAGCAAAAUUGAAGCAAUUUGUGUUAGAGAAGCUUGAGAAGUUGCCAAGUGAUAUUAGAACAGUGAUAGAAAACACAGAGUUACAUAGCUUUAUGUCAUCUCCAUUGAGAUAUAGACAUCCAUGGGAGCUCUUGUUUGGAAACAUCAGCAAAGGGAAUGUGUGUGUUGCCGGAGAUGCACUCCAUCCGAUGACGCCGGACCUCGGCCAAGGUGGUUGCUCUGCUUUAGAAGAUGGUGUUGUUCUAGCAAGGUGCCUAGGUGAGGCAUUAUUAUCACUCUCCAAUAAUGAAGAGGGAGAGGAACAAGAAUAUAAGAGGAUUGAGGAGGCUUUGAAGAAAUAUGCAAAUGAGAGGAGAUGGAGAAGCAUUGAUCUUGUUACAAGUGCCUAUGUUGUUGGUACUAUUCAAGAGGGUGGUGGUGGUUCUAAAUUGGUUUCUUUUUUUAGGGACAAGUUUUUGGCUCCAUUUCUUGCUGGCUUGGUGUUGAAGAAAUCUGAUUUUGAUUGUGGGAAACUAAAGGAGGACUACAAUUGAUGAAAAUCAAGUGAAACAAUUGUCUUUGUAAAAUGGUUAAUUACAAGUGAGAAUAAUACUAUUAAGGUUCAAAUGUUCAA